UCUUCCCUGUGGAGAUUCCGGUUGCUGCCGCUGCACCAACGCUGCUCCUCAGCUCCUGGGGUUGGAUUGUGCGUCCCUGAAGCUGUGCUGCCAGAAUAGAGUGCUCUACGGGUUUUCAAGAGCAGCAAGGAAUGAAUAAAUCUUGUGGGUUGGUGUUGUUUGAGGAUGUGGCUGGGGACUUCACCUGGGAGGAAUGGCAGGACCUGGAUGAUGUUCAGAGGACUUUGUACAGGGAUGUGACGCUGGAGACCUACAGCAACCUUGUGUCAUUGGGGCACUGCAUUACCAAACCUGAGGUGAUCUUCAAGUUGGAGCAAGGAGGAGAGCUGUGGACUACUGAAGAGCCCCCAAACCAGAGCCUACAAGAUUUCCACCUGGUCAAUGACCUAAUUGAGAAAAGUCAAGAAAGUCACAGUAGAUAUUUGUGGCCAGUUGUAAUCACCAACAGCAAAACGUCAAUUGAAGAGAGAGUUGAGUUAGAAAAAACAUUUCACUUGAACUCAAACUGUGUUUCCAAUCUGAUUAUAGAGAGUGGAAACUAUUCAGAAAUGAGGCUUGAGGAGUUUAGUGUCUGUUGGGAUGUGCUUCUCCACAGAAAGCCUGGUGAGAAGCAUGCUGCACAGAAACCUUAUGACCAUAAUAUAAGUGAGAAACCCAGCAGAAAUAGUGAACAUCUUAGUCAGCCUCCCAAGAAUCAAACUGAAAGGCAGCAGCCUUGUGAAGAUAGUGGACAAGAGAAAGCCUCCAGCACAGAGACAACAUUAUGUGUACAUAAGAAGGAUCAUAUGGGAAUGACCGCCUGUAAACGUAAUAAAUAUGGGAAAGCCUGUGGUAAGUCAGCUGUCAUUGCCCAAGAGAUAACUCAGGUAGGAAGAAAAACUUUUCAAUGUGAUGUAUGUGGGAAAAAGUUUUAUAAAAAGUCUAAACUCAGUAAGCAUCAGAGAAUACACACAGAAGAGAAACUGUAUAAAUGUAGUGAAUGUGAGAAAUCCUUCAUUAAGAAAUCAUACCUUACCAUACAUAAGAAAACACAUACGCGGGAGAAGGAUUGUGGAAGUAAUGAAUGUGAGAAAGUUUUAUAUCAGAAGUCAGACCUUACUGUGCACCAGAGAAUUUACACAGCGGAGGAGUCCUGUGGAUGUAGUGAUUGUGGAAAAACCUUUCACCAGAAGUCAUUCCUAAGCAGGCAUCAGAGAAUUCAUGCAAAUGAGGAAACUGAUAAAUGUAAUAAAUGUAAGAAAACUUUCUACCAUAAAUCGUCCCUCAAUAGACAUAGAAGAAUUCACACAGGGGAAAAGCCCUAUGAGUGUAAUGAAUGCGGAAAAACUUUUCACUACAAGUCAAAUUUCAGCCAGCAUCAGAGAACUCACACAGGUGAGAAACCAUAUGAAUGUAAAGACUGUAAAAAAUCUUUCUCCCAGAAGGCAAACCUCAAUGCACAUGAGAGAACUCACACAGGUGAGAAACCAUAUGAAUGUAAGGAAUGUGGAAAAAUAUUUUGGCGGAAGUCACAUUUAAGGAUGCAUCAUAUUUCUCACACAGGGAGAAAACCCUAUGAAUGUAAUAAAUGUGGAAAAACAUUUUGGAGUGAGACAGGCUUCAGGUAUCAUAAGAAAACUCACACAGGUAAAAAACCGUAUGAAUGUAAAGAAUGUAAGAAGUGUUUCUAUAGUAAGUCAAGUCUCAGUACACAUGAGAGAACUCACACAGGUGAGAAACCAUAUGAAUGUAAAGAAUGUAAGAAGUCUUUCUUCAUAAAAUCAGCCCUCACCAUACAUCAGAGAAUCCACACAGGUGAAAAACCCUAUAAAUGUAAUUAUUGUGGAAAAACCUUUCGGGAGAAGUCAGGCCUCAGGAGACAUCAGAGAAUUCACACAGGUGAGAAACCACAUGAAUGCAAGGAAUGUGGGAAAACUUUCUACAUUAAAUCACUGCUUAAUGCACAUCAGAGAAUUCACACAGGUGAGAAGCCGUAUGAAUGUAGAGAAUGUAGAAAAUCUUUCUACAGUAAAUCAGACCUCAGUGGACAUCAGAGAGUUCACAGAAGUGGGAGAACAUAUGAAUAUAAAGAAUGUAAGAAAUCUUUCUUCAGAAAAUCAGCCCUCACCGUACAUCAGAGAAUUCACACAGGCGAGAAACCAUAUGAAUGCCAAGACUGUAAGAAAGCUUUCUACAGUCCAUCAGCCCUGGCUGUCCAUCAGAGAAUUCACACAGGCGAGAAACCAUAUGAAUGCCAAGACUGUAAGAAAGCUUUCUACAGUCCAUCAGCCCUGGCUGUCCAUCAGAGAAUUCACACAGGCGAGAAACCAUAUGAAUGCCAAGACUGUAAGAAAGCUUUCUACAGUCCAUCAGCCCUGGCUGUCCAUCAGAGAAUUCACACAGGCGAGAAACCAUAUGAAUGCCAAGACUGUAAGAAAGCUUUCUACAGUCCAUCAGCCCUGGCUGUCCAUCAGAGAAUUCACACAGGUGAGAAACGAUACAAAUGUAAUGAAUGUAGUAAAUGUUUCUCCACUAAGUCAGUGCUCACUAUUCACCAAAGAACUCACACAGGUGAGAAACCCUAUGAAUGUAAUGAAUGUAGAAAAAGAUUUUGCCAGCGGGGAGUUCUCAGUAGAUACAAGAAAAUUCACACAGGGGAAAAACCCUAUUAUUGUAAAAAGUGUGGAAGAGCCUUUCGCCGGAAGUCACACCUUUGGAUUCAUCAGAGAACUCACUCAGGAGGAUCCAUAUAAAUGUAAAAAAUGUAGGGAAACUUUCUACCAUAAGUCAGCCUCCGGUGGAUAUUAGAAAACUCCCACAGAUGAGAAACCAUAUGAAUGUAAAGAAUGUAGGAAAUUUUUCAUCCAGAAGUCAGCCCUCACUAGACAUGAGAGAAUUCACACUGGGGAAAAGGCCUAUGAAUGUAAUGAAUGUGGAAAAAAUCUUCAUUGGAAGUCACCAGAGGGUGCAUCAGAGAACUCACACAGAGGAGAAACCCUAUACAGUUCCGUGGUAUCCACUGGGAUUGGCUCCUGCACCCCCUGCACAUACCACAAUCUGCUUGCAAGCUCCUUAUAUAAAUGGUGUAGUAUUUGUGUAAUGUCGUGGUGUAUAAUUAACAUGCUGCCUAGAUUACUUUGAAUAGUGAAUCAAUGUGAAGACUAUGCAAAUAACUGUUAUAGUGUCUUUCUGUAUUUGCAUUUUUAUUGUAUUAUUAUUUAUCUUUUAUCAAAUAUUUUUGAUCUGUUGAUUGAAUCUGUGGAUAUGGAUGCUGUGGAUAUGGAAGGCUGGCUGUAAUGAAUGUGGAAACAUCUUUUGUCAGAAGUCACACCUCACCAGACAUCAGAGAAUCAGGAGAGAAAUCCUGAAUGGCAGAGACUUGCUAUUUAUUUUUUAGAUGCCAAACUAUUUUCUUUUGUACACACAGCUAGCUUGCAUUCUUAGCUUCCCUUUGUUGUGUGUGGAAACAUGUAACUGAACUCCAUUCAGGGGAAUAUGGACACAGAUGACAAACAUUACUUUCAGGGCUGGCAACACCACCACCAACAAAAUCCCUAUAUAGUUCUUCCUGGUUUCUCAUGCCCUUUGGGACUGAAGUGCAGAUGAUCACCAGGGAGGCCUUGGGAGCAACAGGUUAAAGAAGGCCACCAGGAUUGAAGACAUAAGAAUUUGAUUGUUGAGAACAGAAAUCUCCCCACUUUUAUUCCAAAACCCUCCAUUUAUACUUUACGUGGGUGAGAAAUUUACUCUGUUGGGCCACUGUACCUGUGAUCUGUUGCUUUACAACACAAACCGCCGCUGUAGCUAAUUGACAUUUUGAGCUUUCUGACAGAAGUUGCCAGUCCUUGUAGAUGGAAGAUUCACACAGGAGAGUAAGCUGU